ACCGUCCGUUCUCCUGAAUAGUCCGCAGGUGCUGAUAAACACGCGGCGGCUUUUCUGAAUUUAAAUCUACUUCCGUGUCAGUGAGGACCGAAGGCUGCUCUCAGGUCAGUUUCACAUAAAAGGUUUUCAGAUAAAAAUCGUUUCUUUUAUCUGUUAAUCAGGCCGUUUCCGGUGUGAGCCUCAGGUGAGGUUUGGAUUAAACAGGUAAAAGCGGUCAGAAACCACGUGUGGAUGAUUCUGGUUGGAGGCCGUCCGUAGUGGUGGAGAAGCGCACGUAGCACAAAUGCCGGUGACGACGUCAGCCGCUUGCGUAGGUUGCAUCAUAGCGCUGCACAGGUGACCCUCAGUCAGAUACCUGGUGGGACCGCAGGUGUGUUUCUCCUGCAGGAAGCCAGAUUAAGGUGAGCAUGCGGACACGUCGGGGUUCAUGUCCGCGCGGUGCACACGCUGCGCGUGACUGUUUGUAAUCAUAGACAGGUGUGUGCACGCACCUGUGCAGGAACCGUAAGUGCAAUGAUGUUUAAUGACCGGAUAAAAACAGGGAGGCAGAGUGUGGGUGUGGGCUUCAUCAGUGGCGGAAUGUUCGGCACACUAACCUACUGAAACUCGUCAUGAACAGCUGACGUUACUCCGCUGCUGGCAGAAACGAGGAAGAAAUCCUAAAUUUAUUCCAGAUGCCCUGAGAUUCCCGUUUCCAGCAGCUGGAGGGCAGAAGAACCACAGACAUGGAGGAGGUGUGAGCUAAAUGUGAGCACAGCUGUGCUCACAUUUAGCUCACACCUCCUCAGAGGAAGAGCCCCCUCCCUUUCUCCCUCCAAUCACAGAGCUCCUUUCAUGGCUGCAGGAGGAGCUGAAUGGUUCUCCUUAAUCUUGCUCCCUGAUCUGCCUGUCAACAUGACAGCAGGAAUGCUGUACAGCAGAUGUCCUCUCACCUGAGGAGCAUCAGCCUGAACCUGGAUGAAGAUGAAGGAUGGAGCUCGCCUCUUUACUUCACGACCUCCAUCUCUCCACCUCCUCAGAGGAAGAGCCCCUUCCCUUUCUCCCUCCAAUCACAGAGCUCCUUUCACGGCUGCAGGAGGAACUGAAUGGUUCUCCUGAAUCCUGCUCCCUGAUUGGUCGUGUGGAGCAGCUCUUUCUGGCGGCAGAUCCUAAUUGGCUGUUCUCUCCAGCUAGUCAGGAUGGUGGGUGGGCAGAGCUUAAAGCGGCAUAUGCCUCUCUGAUCAGUGCUCUGAUUGGCUGUGCUGCUCUGCCGCUCUGUGAUGAUGACUGCAGCCCUCUGAGUGUGGCAGCCUAUAAGAGCAUCCCAGCACGGGCCACAGCGGUGUGCACCGCUCUCACAGCACUGCUAAGAACUCUGGGAGAUUGGGAGAAAGGGGUUGGGACCAGAAAAGGGGCAACCAGUCUGCUAAUUGCUGUUGCUCCACCCAUCUGUGUGUUUGCUGUCACACAUUUCCAGGAUCAGGUGUGGACCAGCACCGCCUCCAGAGCGGCAGCACAGCACUUGCAAGAGGCGCUGCUGAGUGCAGGAGGAUGGAGAGACUCCGCCCACCUACUGAUGGGGGAUACAGAGGAGAGCAGAGGGAUUCUGGGAGAAAUCCUGCACAUUCUGCAGCCUCAGCUCACCAAGGACGCAUGGCAGCGCUGUGAAGCCAUGAAGCUGGUGUUUGCCUGGACUCUCCUGCAGGUGACCCGCCCCUCUCUCUCACCUCACCUUCCCCACCUCCUGCCCCCCUCCCUCCUCUUCAGUGACCACCACAGACCAGAAAACUGCAUGCUGGGAGUUCGCUGUCUGCACCACAUCGUGCUCAAUACGCCUGCUGCAGAGCUGCGUCAGUUCAACAGAGCAGAGGUUCUUUAUCAGGCUUUAUUCAAACACCUGUACACGACCGAGGCCGCUGUCAUCCAGCUCGUCCUCGCCUGCCUUUUGGACCUGCUGCUGAUUUUGGAGAAGCCCCCCUCCUGCUCCUCCUCCCGCAGGAAGCCCUGUCGCCAUGACGAUGUGCUGCGUCUGAUCCUGACCCACAUGGAGGCGGAGAAUAAGGUUGUGCUACGGCGCGUCUAUGCCGCCGCUCUGCCGGCGUACAUUGCCAGGAUGGGCGUGGCAGUGUGCAGACACCUGCGGCGGCUGGAGCGGGUGGUGCUCGGGUACCUGGAGGUCAGAGAUCCACCUGAGGAGACAACCCGGCUGAAGAUGCUGGAGGCGCUGCAGAAGACGGCCAGAGCGGCAUGGCCACGGAUGCAGUGUCGCGUCAACGCGUUGCUCCGUUGCUUGUUGCGGCUGCUGGUUGACGUCUCCUCGGACACAGACCUCUGUGAUUCGCUCAAACAGCAGCUGAUGGAUCAAAGCGCCGCCUGCAUCCGGCUGCUGGAUGCCUGCUCGCAUGGAAGCGUGCAGCACCUUCUCCAGGAGGUCGACAGCAGCUGCUGCAGCCCUGAAGUACUUGGUUGCCUAGCUACAGUGACUGCGAUGACUGACAGGUGAUGCUGUGCGCCUGGAGGCGGAGCUUUAAGAUGCAGCGCCAGCAGCACGUCUCAGGAUGUAAUCUGGAUACAGGAAGUUUGAUGCAGACGUGUUUGGUCCUGAUGAAGCACAGCUGAACUCUGGGAACUCAGGUCUGCGAGCGUGAAAGAGAAAAACUCAUCCAUUAGGAUGUCACCAUGGCAACCAAGAAACGGCACUUUGGAUGUGGCACCCGGGGUUUUUUUUUUUUUUAAAGCCAUUAAUCAUUAUCAGUGAUUAAACUC